AUGCUAGACAUCAGCUGUGAGAGCAUUUUGUUUGAUGAAGUGGCCGUUAACGAUAUUCCGGCCUAUCGUCCUGUUCAAGUGAGGAACACAAGUGGAUCUCCAUUGUUGGUGAAACUCACCACCACCAGCCCAGUCGUUCAGUUUCAGCUUCGCAACGAAAACUAUGAAGCAAUCAAGCGCGUAGGCUUUGCUGACACUCUCUCCGUCUACAGCGAAGCAUUCGAUCUCGUGGGCCUCAUCUCAUCUAUUGAAUUGGCGCCUUUCGAGGAAAAGGACCUCAUCGUGUAUUUUCGCGCUGAUGCGGCCACGUUUUCGCACCUCGUGAAGGGGUCGCAGCCUGUUCCUUACACUGGAUCUCUGCAGGUCACUGUAGGGACUCCAGCACCGGCGUCACCCCUCGGAAACGCACUGAGAGUAGACGGAAAGAAGAGGUUAGCAGCGCAGCAGCCGGCUGCCGCCUGCAUCACGAUACCUUUUCGAGCAAACGUUUAUGUGUCCUGUUUGAAACUCUCAUCCACUGAGCUGCAUGUCACCAUGGCUCCGAACAAAACCCAGGUGACUGACUUUGUCGUCACCAACACGUCCUGCCAGCCGGUGCACUUUGUCAUCCGUGAUCAAGCUAUGCCGCUACGUGGUCUUGAUGUUGCACUGUAUGAGUCUGAUAAAUUCGAAGAACCAAAGUUAGGCCACCGACUUCUGCUGGACAGCUACGCAUGCAUGACUUUCUCGUUGAUCCUGCGAUCCUCCACGGCUAGCUCGACUGCGCAGCAGCAGUACCACACCGUUUUUCAGUGCGACAACCUGCGCGAUAAUCGCAAUACCACAUUCUUGUACGUGAGCGUCAACGUGGUGGCAGAAUCGCAAGGUGACCUCGUCGUGUUUCACGACACGUCCGUCAAUUUCGGCGACGUUUAUCGCGGCACUAAAGCGACGGCGAUCAUUAGGGUUCAAAGCCUCGAUGACCGCGGUGAGGCGGUGCUGCGACUUGGCGACGUGGAUCGGAGAAAAUGCGAGGGAAAAGUGUCGCUGAUGAAGGGUAACGCCGCCGUUGACGAGAUGACAAUCGGCUCGCCGAAAGGAAAUCAGCUCAACGCCGUCACACUAAUGUACCAGCCGUUCUACGAUGGCGACAGCAAGGACGAAUCAAAAGUAAAGUUUGAUGUGGAGCUUUUGGUUGUGUCGGCUGAUCGUGGGCACAACCAGCGCGUGGUCAUCCGGUGCGCAGCCGUCCUGUACACAAGCAACAUAGUGGUGUCGCAGCGGUCCAUCAACUUUGGCGACUGCCAAGUUGGGCAGAGCAAACGCUUCACGCUGCAGAUCGAAAACCGCUCGCCAUUGCCAGGGAAAAUCAUGGUACAGCUGCGCAGCAAAAUCAUUCGAAUCGAGGGCGUCUCGACCCCGCAGAAGCUUGCUGGUCGCGAGCUGAAGGAGGAGUUCUCUGUAGCACCGUCUGCGUCGCUCCCGAUAACGUUGCGAAUCACCCCACAGCGUGUCAAUCCAAUGUACUGCAAGCAGCUGACAAUUAUCAACGCCUCUAAUCCAGCGGAGGACCGGCAAGUGAUCAACAUAGAGGCGAAUAAUAUGGCGCCGCUUGACGCGAAGCUGCACGAUGAGCUGUAUUCAUGGAAAUGCGACCUUGGCAAUAUCGACAGUGCCAACAGUCGCAGAGGCCCGUCAACGCUGUGGGCUAUUUCGGGUGUACCGCUGAUUGUUCCGUACAGUGUGCAGUCAAAGGUGGAUUACCAAGUGGUGCUGAAUCUGCGCUCCUCGUGCCCUGAAAUCGAGGUGUUCUACUCGUCCGAUGCAGUGAUCUGUGGCCAGCUGGGAAAGAUCGCGGCAGAGAUGCGCUCAUUUUGUGUUUACAGCGAGAGCGAGGACGCCAGCUACCUCACAAAUGAGUCGGCAGAGCAGCUUUUUAGCGCGCGUGAGGAGCUGCUGCGACUCUUGAACGAAACGUCGCACAACAUUACCAACCGCAUCACGUUGGAGCCAUUGGUGUCGAUAAAGGUGUACGUGCUGAUUAUUCGCACAGCCUCUCCCACUGAGCCGCUGACGAAGGAGGACGGUAUUUCGAUAGCGGUGGACGGAAUUGAGGCGCCGCGCUUUGUGCGGCUGUCGUAUCGACUCUGCGGCACGUCGUUUGAGUUGAAUGGGCAAAAGACGAAGAACUUCGGCGAGGUGAACAUUGGCGUGAAGAAGACGACGAAGCUGCCAAUAGUGAACCGUUGCAAUUCGUUUUUGUACCUUCAUCUGUCGAAGUCGCGUUCCGUGACAGCCGAGCAUAUUCGCAUGGAAAACAGCGACAAGCGGUCCAUCUUUCUCACGAUUCGUCCCUACGCGUCGCGUGAGAUCGAGCUGACUCUGUACCCUGGCAUCAAGGGCGUAUUUCAGGAAAAGAUUCGCGUCUCGAACAUACUCAAUAUCAAGAACACAAUAACCAUGACACUCAAGGCGACGGUGACAAAGGCUGAUACGUUCGAAAUCAGCCCAGAUUCAUGGACGUUCGAGAUGAUGGUCCCUUCCUCGUCAAGCGUGCCGGCGCUCAUGGCAUCAUCGCCGCCGUUUCUAAAGGCAGAGGAGGCUGCUGCCGCGGCGAAUGCUCGCGUAGGUGCAAAGUUCACCGUAUCAAACACGAGCAACGCGCGCCGGCAAAUUGUUGUUCGAUUGGAGCUGAAUAGCGCUGCCGCAGCGAACGGCGUGAGCGCAGCGAACCCCUACUUGUCAUUUGCGGGUGUGAAGGUGGCGGUGCAGCUGGACAUGACGCUGAGUGGGGCGACCUCUGUCUCGGCACGCAAGCUGGAGGAGCAAAUCGAAAAGCUGGAGCAGAAGCUGAAGAUUUACGUGCGGAAACAUAAGACGGAAAAGGCCGAAAACGCAAUGCGCAAGAUCGAGGCAUACCGACUGGCGUUGAAGGGUGAAGAGGUCGACCUGACUGCCCUGGAAGCGGCGCAGGCAGGCACGCAAAGCGCCACUGAUCACGAGCUCUCGGAGAGCGAGGAUGACAGCAGCAGUGCAGCGCUGCAGGUGUGGAGGAACAAAACGCAACAGGGUGACAUCGUGCAGCUGCUGCGCCGCGAAGGCGUCGCGUUGCCAUCAAUGGACACCGGCGAAUCCGUCAUAAUCACGUUGUUUCUCGGGUGUAAACGUGUCGUGGAGGAGCCGAUCCCAGUGUCACAGACCCAGGCAAUGAACCUGCUCUUCUAUGAGGCGCGAGAUCAGGAGGCAAAUCGCAUUAUUCCGAUCGACUUGAUCCUGAUGCGCACACCUGGCGACGUCGCGACGCAGCAGCUGCUCGCUGCUCCAUCCGUUGGAGCAACACCGCAGACAGUGUUGCCUUUUGCAGCAGCCGUGUCCGCUGUCGUUGCGCCGUCGGCGUCUCCGUCGCUACCGUCGCCGUCGCACCGGGACAGCGAGCCGUUGCAGCUCUCGCCCGAUAACGCCACGGUCGCGUCCGCGUCUGCAUCUGGCGGAGCCUUGCAAAGCGGCAGCUUUCUUCCCGGUAGUAGUGGAUCAGCUUCUCGCGCUGUGCAGAGUCGCCCACCGCCAUGCAUUCGUCUCAUUACAACAGACUCCCACGCUGGCAACAGCGAUGGACGUCCUCGAUCCACCUUUAUGGGGCACCCCUUGAUUGUCUUGCACAACUGCAUCGUGAAUGACCAGACCGAGUUCAGCUUUGUGGUGAAGGCCAACGCGAACACAACGAUCGUGGUUCUCGAGCCGCGGCGAUGCGGCGGCAGCGUUGCAGUGGUGCUGGAUGCGCGCUUCAAACUCUUUCCUCGAAACGGCCACGUGCGUCAACAGGAGCCGCUGCGCAUUGUCGUGGAGUGCACGGCGCGGAGCGUUGGCCCCCAAAAGUACUUCAUUCCUGUGAAAAACAUCUGCAACGCUGCCGACGUGCAGUACCUCACGGUCGAGAUGAAUCCAACGGAGGAGAUCGAGAUGCUGACGACGGAGCCAAAGGAACUGCUGUUCCGCGACGUCAUUACACCGUGCGCGGCGUCGCAGCUGGAGACGCAGCUUGUGCUGAUCCGCUGCCGCUUCUCCUUCCCGCAUGCCCUCAUUGUGCGCACCAAUAAGCCGUCACAGCUGGCUCUCUUCGAGGAUGCGUCCUGCACGGUGCCGCUGCUGCACCCGAUACGCCAUAUUUUCGUGAAGGAGACAGUGCGUGUGUACGUGCAGCUCCGUCCUGGCGCCCGAUACGUUGAUCCGUGCGCACGGCAAAUCCGCGCCGGUGUUCUCGUGGAGGCGGUGGCGCCGAAUCCCGCCGUAUCGAGCACCGCGUACUGUGUGGUGGGGAAGGCGAUUCUGCGCGCGAUGGCGUACGUUGGCAGUGGGCUUCUCGAAGUGCCGCGAGGAAGCCUUGACCUGGGGUGCGUGGCGCCAACGCAGGACUACGUCACGACUCAUUUCACGGUGCGCAACACCUCCCACACGUUUGCUUUGCGCGUUGCGCUCGUGCCGUCAUCGCCGCUGCUGGAGGUGGCGGAAGAGACGUCCGCUAGCAGCGACAUCGUGGUGGCGCCUCUCCAGGAGCACAUCGUUCCCCUGCUGGUGCAUUUGCCGGCACCUGGUCUCACGCGCGAGUUCAUCGAUGUGAUGAACCGCAGCAGCUCGCAGGAGACAAUGCGGGUGUCGCUGUCGGCACUGCGAAUGAAUGACGGUAUCGUGCAAGUGGACCCACCCGUCAACACGCGGCUGGCCUUUCCAGUCGCCGCGGUGGUGCGAGGUGAGCAGGGGAGGCAGCUGCAUCUGCAUCAGCCUGUUUCGUACUCGGUAAAACUGGCAAACUACAAUCACCACCGCGAGGUCGUCCUGGCAACGACAACCGCCGUCCACGCGUCGUGCGCGCUGCCGCUGUGGUUCCACACGCCGGACGAGGAGUCAAAGGUGUGCGCCGCCUUUGAAGAGGAACAGCGUCAUGCGCUGGAGGCGGCGGACGACUCGCCGACGUCGACGCCGGCGCAGAUGAGUGAGCCGCGCGCGGGGACGGUCGCGCUGACCACGACACCGGUGGUCGACCAGCCGCCGGCAAUGUACACGAGGGGCCGUGUGGAGCUGAAGGCGAACCACACCCAGAUCGUCACAUGGACGUUGACCAGUUUACCCACACUCACGUCAGAGGAGGUGGCGGCAGUGCUGCAGUAUCAGAUGGUGACUAUAACGACGACGCUGCAGGUGUACGUGACAUACACGGCGCACUCUGCACGCACUAGCGCGGCGGCAGGUGGGUGGAAGCCCUACUCUUCCGGAGCCACGUUGCAGGAAAGUCGGUAUCGCGGGCCAACUGUGGGUCAAUGCGUUCUGCUCGUCCCCAUCACCCUGUCGCUGGCAAUGAGUGAGGGCAGGGCGGAGCCGGCGGUGGUGAGCUUGGGGCUUGUGGGUAAGGCGACAUCGUUGCCCACCUCUCCCAGCUCUUCGGCUUCCUCCGUGUCGUCGUCCAACAAGGAGCACGAUGCUGCAACGGAGCACGGACUCGAUGCCUUCGCAAGCGGCAGGGAGGAGGAGAUGGUCCUCGCGGCGCGCCAGCGGCGCCGUCGUCGUUCGUGCGUUUCGAAGCUGCGCCGUCCGCGAAACCACACCUUCAGCGCCUUCGCCUCCAAGCCGGGUCUGCCUCAGUCGCCGAGCCACAACAUGGUCGUCUCGUUCCGGCUUAUCAACUUAUCGGCCGUCAUACCACUGCCGCUCAAGGUGGAGUGCCCGCCUGUGGUGCGGUUCUCUCAGACGCGCCUGAAGAUCCCGCCAGGGGAGAGCACGGUUGUCCAGGCGGCGCUGAACAUGAAGCUGAUCGCGACGCAAGGGACGUUCCGUUACGAGGCCUUCUUUGUGAACGAGUGGAAUCCGGAGAACGACAUGGCGGUCUGCAUCACGGGGCAGCACUACUGGAAGGUGUUUCAGGUGCUGCGGGCUGACACGCAAGAGGAGGUGCGCGAGUCGCUCACGUUGGCACCGCUGCGCGUGGAGCCGUCGCUGCGAGUGCCGCUCGCCGAGAUGAAGCUGGACUUUGUCGCAACAGAGCCGGACGUCGAGUUCGAUCUCCAUCUGCAGCCGAACCCCCAGCUGGAGGGCCUGCUGGAGCUUCUGCUGCUGCACUACGACGCUACCUCAGCAGUGCGGCACCUGAGCUUCCGCUCAAACAUCGUGACACCCACCUCCCCGGCUGCCACGAGCGUUGCCGGCGGGGUAGCAGCCGCCAGCGUCGUGCAGGGAAGCGCUGGCGCGGCGGCGGCUGGGAUGGCGAGCCUCACCACAAGCGGCGCCGCUCCUCCAGCCAGCGGCAGUGCAAUCGCCGUGGCCGCAGCAGGAGCUGAGGCGGGCCUGGGCGGCGGGCUCGCCACGUCCGGGUCAGCCAGCCCGGGUAUUGGCCUGCCUAGCGGGGGCACGCCUGGCAACCUGCAGCCCGGAACCCCGUCAGGCGUCGCGGCGACGGCGACAGCGACAGGGUUUCCAGCGCUCGGUGCGACCAGCGCCGUGUUGCCGGUCGCCGAGUUUUUCGGCGCGGCUGCGACCACCGCGGCCGGUGCCGCGGGUGGCGCCUCCAUCGCUGCUGCAGCCGCGAUCAAAGCGAAGCCGCGCAAGACGGGCGCCGGCAGUGCUGCCGGCACGGCUAACGGCGGCGCAGCGACUGCGGCCACACCCUCGCAGACGCUGCGGCUCCGCUGCCUGCUGCGUAGUGGUGACUUGAGCUCACUUGUAUCUCUCUUCUACGGUUACCGGAAGGCGCGCGCGGCUGGCACUUCAGCACAGGCGACCACCGCCACAACAAAUGCGAAAGGCAUCGGUGCCGGCGCGGCGACCACGAGCUCAGCUGUAGCGGCGCCGCUGGCCCCACCGGAGAUCACGGCAUUGGAGGCUGCAGGUGCGAACAGCAACGCCGGCGCCGUUGCCUGGACGUACGACCGGGUUGCAGAGCUGGAACGGCGCAGCGCGUCUCUCGCGUCGAACAACGUGUGGCUUGGUACCGUUGUGGUGGAGAACCCUUUCACGGAGGUGGAGGAGGUGCAGGUGUACAGCACGCUAGCGCCAUUUCGCACCUUCUCGGCGCCGUCUAAGGUGAUGCUAAGGCCCUGCCGAGUGAGCGUGGAGUCGGUACCACGGCCGAGCACCAGCGCAGCCGCCCCACAGGCCUCCACGCACCGCGGCACACCUCAGGUGGGCUAUGUGGGUGAGAUCAGCAUAACAAACGAGUUUGACGUGUACGUAGCUGAGCUCUCGGUUGUGGUUCUCGUCCACGAGCGCCUCGCUGUGCCCCUGCGCAUCGACGUGCGCGGAGGAUGCCGCCAUGCGGUGGACACGGUAUCACCGGAUGCAGUAGCGGGUGCAAUACCGCCCGUGCCUGAUGCAACGCUUGAGGACGAGGAGGCCACUGAAGCGGACAUCGCCACGACAUCUGCCUUCAGCGCGUCACUGCGGCCAGGAGUGCCGGUUGCCACGUCGUUCCUGACGGAACCCGCCACAGACGGCGCCGGGCCGGUGUCGCUGCCUCACUGCAUACACCUCGGCCCUCACGAGACCGUCGUGGUGACGGUGGCGAUUCGCCCAGCGGAUAUGCGAACGCUUCAGCCAACUCCCAUGUCACCAACGAAAGCCAUCCUCACUGCUCUGCCGACGCCGCUGUCGCUGCCUUCGCUGGAGGAAUUCGUGUCCGUGGUGUUGGUAGACGAGAACGCCCCGUUCAGCUACGUUGUGAGCCGUGUGAGCGUUGUGACGCCGACGAGUGGGGCAGAGGCGCUGCCCAGCAUCGUGCUCAGCUCCGUCACCACCACCAGCAACACGGCAGCGGCGGCCACUAGUGUCGCGGCUGCGUCCGACGCGAGCACGAAGGACGGAGAGGCGGAAGCUCGCCCCAGCGCAACACUUUCUCCAGCCGCGCACCGGGAAGAAUCGACCGGGCCGCUGGCGACGCCUUCGGCCACGUUGGCAGGCGAAGGGCUGACGAUGGUACUAACGACGCCGACAGCAUCGGAUGAGGCACCGCAGCAGCUCAGUCGCUCCAGCAGCAAGCAGGCGUCUGACCUGGUCCUCGCCGGCGGUACUGCAGCAGCGGCAGAGACGGGCGAGCCGGAGGCGGCGCCUGCAGCCGAGGUGCUGCUGCCACCGCGAGGUAGCACGCCAUGUGGCUCAGAGGGCCCAGCAGAGGGGCCGUGGGUGUCCCCUGCUGGCGUAAUCACGACGCUGGCGCCGUCGCUUGCAGCGGCGCCGCGUCAGUGGGUGUUGUCCCUCCGCAACUGCGACGCGUUGCCCGGGUGUGGAGGGGCGUACUUCUUCAACUUCUCUGUUCCGCGUGACGACACAUACGAACCAAACAUCCUUAUCACGAAUCACGCGCCGGACAGGACGGUGCGGUACACAGUGCAUGUGAUCUCGCAGAGCCCGCAGGUGUGGCUGCUCCUUACCACAACGACGGGGGUACUGGAGGUGGGCGAGACGCAGCCGCUGCGGUUGCAGGUGCUGUCAUCCGAGGUCGGCUCCUUCGUCGGCUACGUGGCCAUCACGAACACCUGUGACACCCGUGAGGUGGUAUACCUGCGCCUGAACGCAGAGGUGUUUGUGCCCGGCACGGCCGAAGGCUUCUUUGACGUCGUUGCCAUGAACGAUGGCCAUCGCCUCGCCACCACCAACGCGGGGCACAGCGUGUACAUGGGCGCCCUGCACGGCGCCGGUACCAGCCGUGCGCUGAUGGCGCUGGAGAUCGUGAACAAGGGCAGUGUGGCGCUGGAGUUCCCCGUGUCGGUGGUGCAUCCGAUGCGGCAGGAGUUGCGACCCAUCCCCCAGAGCGUCUGGUACGGCACGGCAGUGGCGGCGUCGGGGCACCGUCGCAGACACAUUGCCUCAGGGGUACUGCCUCAACGCAUUACCUUGAAAGACGACGGAAGCGUGGCUUCACUCACGUUUCCUCGAGCGUCACGUGCUGCGCUGGAUCAGCAGGCUGACCCCACGGCAGUCGGGGCUGUCGCCGGAACAGCUGCAGCAGCAACGCAGAAGGGUGCCGUUGAUGGAACUGUACGCACCGCCGGCGGUAUCGAGGAAGCCUUGCCCACAAAACAGCUGUUUGGUCAGCCGAAGCCACUUCUGUCGCCUCACCACACCAGUCUUCACCAUCAACGCGGCGGCGUGCGCCCCGGCAGUGGCGUGGCGGCUGCGCCGACGCCUACCGCCUUAUCUUCCACCGCCAGCACCUCUGCCUCCCCGUUUGAGGGUAAGCUGACCGUGUGCCAGAUCCACGGCGUCCCCACGCGCACGGGCCAGAGGUACUUCGUCGUCGACCCGCGCUCUCGCAUGCGACUGGCCUUUGUUCUCAGCUGCAACGCACUUCACGACAUCCCGGAGGGGUACGGGGUGUUUGGCCAGACCGAUGUCGUGUUCCGCUGCAAGCAGGCCCGCGACGCUCGAUUCAGCUUCAACGUGAAGUUCGAGGCGUACCGACCCACGUUUGCCGUGGCGCUGGAGUACGACAUGGACGCGACGGAGAAGACUGCUGCAAGCGCAGGUGCCGUAGCCGCGCUGAGGUCGGAGGCGGUCGUGAGCUCCGCGGACGCGUUGGAGCCCGCUGUCGGCAGCGCAUCCUCCAAAGCCUCCGUUGCCCCAUCUCUGGCACCUCCGGCACUGGCCUCGACGGCGACGUCUCGCUGGGCCGAGGUGGAGGUGGCCGUGACGAAUCUGAGCCGCAGCCACACGCAGGUGUUCGUGCUGUACACGCAGUCAGAGGUGCUGUCGCUGUCCGUCCCCGGCGCGGGGCCGUCGGCUCACCGCGUGUGCGCCGGCAGCGCGCUUCUCCCGCCGCCUUCUGGUGCCGCCGCGGAGGACAACGGGUGCGGCAGCGGCGCUGCCUUCGUGCCUUCCGGGGUGGAGAUCGCAGUGAGCCCGCAGUCCGUUGGCGUCUUUGCUGUUCGUCUUGAUCGGCUGCGAGCAGAGGCGCUCCUGAACUUCGACAAGGACGAGUCGAUGCUGGCCCGCCCCGCGCUGUGCGAGCACGCGUUCCUGUACAGUAAGGGCAACCCUCGCGAGCGGGUGCAGCUGCUGUUCCGGCAGCAGGCGCUGCUGGCGCAGCCCCGGCGCCAAGCUCGCGCAGCCGCCGGGGCCUCCUCGGAAGUCAGCCCUUUAUCUCCGGCGCUGGUGGAUGCGAAGCCGGUGAAGGGUGGGGGCCAACACUUCCGCGAGCACCACAUUUUGGGCUUUGCGCAGCGCUUCUCCGCAGUCAUGACGUCGCUGGCGGAUCGCGUGCCGUUCCUGACGCGGCCAGAGGACGUGGCGGAGUCGGUGAGGUCGCACAAGAGUGUGGCAGGCAGCAGCAGCACCGGCGUGGGUGGUGGAGGCGGUGGCAGCGGCGCAGCAAGCACCACCGGGGGAGGGGGAGGAGAUGGCGUGGGCAGCGUCGCGAAUGCUGGGGCCGCAGCGGGGGUUGCAGCGAUGCGGGUUUCCGCAGGCACCGCAGCGUCCACAGUGGCCGGCGUCACCAGCAGCGUUGCUUCCUCGAAUUUCAACGUAGUGCAUCACUCCACUGGCAGGAACCAGCGUAGUCACCGAGACAGAAACAGCGGCCCUGUUGCACAUCGGGGUAACACACACCGCUCCAGGCGGGGCGAUUCUUUCUACGACGACACGUCCGACGGCGGCACUGCGAGCAGCAGCAGUGGCACCAGCUCCACAAGUAGUUGCUCGAGUGAUGUGGCUGACAGCGACGACUUCGCGAGCGAGAUUGCGGAAGUGGCGGCCGACCGAACACUGGACAGCACGCUCACGGAGGACAACUUCGACCAGCCGUCGCGCGAUGGCUGCAACGAUGCUAGCGCUACCGCAGUAGGGGAGGCGAUCGGGGAGAGCGGUGAGAGCGCUGCGACCGGGUGCCCCACAGACGCCCGCAGCAGCAGCGACGGGGCAUCUGCUGACCUUGCCCCUCAUGCGCUAUUCCGCUCGUCGUCCCACCCAUGCAUGCGUAGCAGUGAGGGUCCUAUCGGCUCGGUGGUCGCGUCGUCUCUCUCAUCUCUUCUGCCUUUAGGGACAUCACUGGCGCGCUCGAGCAGCGGCGGCAGCCAUCCCAGCAGCGAGGACCCCCAUUGGUACGACACCCUCAUCACAUUGCACGACUUGUUGGUUGAGUUGACGUGGCUGUGUGAUGAACUCCUCUUCUACGCGAUUCUGCUCUGCAAUUCUCGCCAUGUGGAGGCGUGCAUGGCCUUCCUCGUCUCAGCUGUCGCGCAGCAUCCUGUGAUGGUGGCGUGGCGUCGGCGCCGCGGCAGCGCCGGUCGCUCUCGUCAGUACGACAUCUUUGGACAGUUCCUUGAAACCCUCGACGCCCUCCCGCGUCUUUCCUCCACGUCUUCCUCUUCCGGUUCCUAA